AUGGCUCUGGUUAAAAUCAGCUAUAUGGUGUCCUUCUCCUCCCAGGUUACCAGAGAAUUACGUGUCUCUCCCCUUGUCCAGAACAAGCUAGAGCUGGAGGGGACGGUGUUUAGGGAGGGGUUGGUACAUGAUGCUGUGUCCCUGCUGUGUGUGCAGGACCCCAAGUACCCAGCAGAGAACCUGCUGAGUGAGGAUAGCAUACGGCCCUGACUUGGCUGCCCCAAGGAUCACAGCAGGCAGCUGAGCGUGGAGCUGUGACUAAAGAGAGCCAGUCCCAUUGGCUAUGUUGAUACAGGGAACUACAGCUGCACCUUUCUGCAGUUUGCAGUGGGAUUCUGGCCCUGUGACCAGCCCUGUCUCACCUUGGUGCCCACUGUCACACUGAUGACACCAGCUGACUCAAAGCUGGACCAGAAUCGCUGCAGGGUUCAGAUGUUUCUCACCUGUAGCCAGCCCUUCGGUCCAUGCAGCUGCUUUGGGCUCUCCUUCAUCCGCCUGUGCAAACCACAGGGGACUUUCUUUCCUGAAUCAUGCAUUUACGUGGCCUGAUUUACAUGUUCCAUCCCAUCCUGUCCCUGCACAGUGUGGCCUGGAGCCCCUUGAGGUGCUUCCUUGGACCCGAGCCCCAGCUCCCACCAGCUUUGUCCUCCUGCAUGGCUGACACUCCCUAUCCCCAGGAGAUCCAGGGAGGAGAAGCAACUGAGGAGCUGCCUGUGGAAGCUGGAAGGGGCUGCCUGGAGCCUGGCCCACCUCACCACUCUGCCUGGAUGGUGCUGUUCACAGCACAGAACCAGGUGCUGAGGCCCAGAGCUGGCACGAGCACCCUGGGGGGUCACCUGAGCUGCUGGCCAAGGAUGUGGGAGCUCCUGCAGUGGUAGGCUCUGCACUGGAUGUCCCUACAGCUCCCUUGAGUACCUGCAGGCAGCUGGACAGGCACUGUGCUCACAGCCCUGCUGGCAGGUAAUCCCAUGGGUCACUGUCUUCCUCCUGCCCUCACCCUGGCUGUUUACUGCUCUCGGUCUUUCCCAGAUAGUUCUGGGCCCAGCCCUUCACUCUUCUGGGCUGGCAGAAUGUAGCAUAGGGUACCUCCAGCAUGUUACCCCUCUGCACGGCUCCAGCUGCCACCUGAAGGAUGUCCAGGGUGAAAGGAAGAGCCUGAGCCUGUGGCCCCCAAGAGAGAGAAGUCAGGAGGAAUGACAGAGGACAGACCAGCAGUGAUGGGGAGACAGGUGUCUGCCCCAUCUGCUCAGGCCACUUCCUGCUGAAUCUGCUCCCCACACAUGCCUCCCAGUGUGGAGAAGAACCUGCUGUAGCCUGGCCUUCCUUGUCCCCUGAUGGCUGGGUGCCCUGCCCCAUUUGCCAGCUGCCCUUUGGUGUGGCAGAGGUGGAGCAGCAUGCCAGCAACUGCAGGGAGACACAUGGGGCCCUGUCCUCACCGCACUGCCUGCAGGAGGACAGCAGAGCUGGGGACAAACCCUGUGUCACCACCCCUGAGGGCUGAACCUGCAGUACUCAAAGGCACAGAGACACUGCAGCCCCCGGACAUCUGUGGCAAGGCUGGUGAUGGAGGAUGGAGGUGUUUCCCGCCCCAUGGCCAGGUUUGGUGGGGUUUGAAGCACUGUAAUAGCAGCAGUUGCCACUGGAGAGGAGUAAGUUAAAGGAGAAAAAUAAGAAAGACAGAAA